UGAAUCAGUCUUACAUGGUAUCAGCCUAACUUUCUGAUCCUCUGAAACCCCUACCCUCUCUCUCGAAAACUUUCUGAUCGCCAUGGCCAGCAACGACUCCUCCCUAUCUCUCUCGACAAUUCUGCACAUGCUCACUAUUAAGCUAUCCUCAUCCAACUUCCUGCUGUGGAAAAAUCAGAUUGUCCCUCUUUUAUCCUUUCAAAAGCUCGCAGGGCACAUUGAUGGCACCACUGUGCCACCCCCAGCCACGGUUCAGGUUGACGCAAAGACAGUCCCUAACCCUGAAUUCUCCUCUUGGCAAGACAACGAUCAGCGGGCAUUAAUCCUUCUUCAUUCAUCCCUUUCUGAAGAAGCAAUGUCCGAGGUUCUAGGUCUCAAGACCUCGCAUGAAGUUUGGCAAGCCCUCCAGAGUGCCUAUAGCCACGAUUCUGUCGAGAGAAUGCAGUCUCUUCGUGACUCCUUACGUCACCUUCAAAAAGGUAAUCUGUCUGUCUCUGAUUAUGGUCGCCAGUUUAAACAUAUCUGUGACAAACUGGCUGCUAUUGGACAUCCUGUUGAUGAAAACGAUAAGUUUCACUGGUUUUUAUGUGGUCUUGGAUCCACUUUCGAGACUUUCUCCAUUGCUCAGCGUACACAUACUCCCCGUCCCUCCUUUCGGGGCUUACUUGCUCAAGCCGAAAGCCACGAGUUGUUCCUUAAAAAUAUGCAUCCCACGAAUGUACCACAAGCAGCCUUCACUGCCAAUCACCACCGUGGUCCUCCUCCGGGUCGUGGGUCAUCCAACAAUACUCGUGGUCGCAAUAAUAACAACACACGCGGUGGUUUUUCUGGUGGUCGUGGUCGAGGAAGGAGACCUCCCCAUUGCCAAUUGUGUCGCAAGGAUGGUCACUAUGCCUCUACAUGUCCGGAUUUGGCCUCUUUUGCAAAUCGUUCUUCACCCAUUGAUGCGAACUUAGCCACUGCCUUUCAUUCCCAAUGUCAUGUCAACAAUAACUCUCCUGACUGGUAUGUUGAUACCGGUGCCACUGCACACAUGACUCCGACUCCAUCAAACUUGCAAAGCUCACAACCAUAUGCUGGGAAAGAUCAGGUUGCUUUUGGUAAUGCAUCGUCUUACCAAGGCCAUUCUAGCUCAGGGUCGGGUUGAUCAAAGUCUUUACAUUUUAGAGCAUGGUCCAAGGGCAUUCCUCGCAAGUCUCUCUCGGUCUAAAGCCUCGUUUGAUGUUUGGCAUAGACGCUUAGGACACGUCUCUUUUGAUGUUAUUUCCUUUUUAGCAAAACAUGAUCGUUUGUUUGUUACUUCGUUAUUACCUAGUCCUACUUUAUGUUCCCCAUGUCAACUCUCUAAGAGUAAACACUUACCUUUUGAAAUAAAUCCUAAG